AUGACAUCCUCAUCCGCUCCGCCUACGGGCGCCUAUGUCAUCGCUAAAGCGUUGCGCGACCUCGGUGUGACGGUGAUCUUCGGCAUUGUUGGCAUACCUGUUGUUGAGAUUGCAGAGCAGGCCAUCAAUUUGGGUAUACGCUUCAUUGGCUUUCGCAACGAGCAAGCGGCAGGCUACGCGGCUACAGCAUAUGGCUACUUGACGGGCAAGCCUGGAGUAUGCCUUGUCGUAGGCGGACCCGGUGUCCUCCACGCCAUGGCUGGGAUCGGUAACUCGUCUUCCAAUGCCUUCCCGAUGCUGCUACUGGCCGGCUCCAGCGAGACCCAUCUGGUGACAAAAGGCGCAUUCCAGGAACUCGACGCCAUUUCCCUUCUCGCGCCGCAUACGAAGCUCGCAGCCCGCCCACCCGCCUUGGAAUCUAUACCACACCUCAUCGAGAGCGCAUACAGGACUUCGUGGUACGGCAGGCCCGGCACCGGCUUCGUCGACCUUCCAGCAGACCUCAUCCAAGGAGCGGCCGACUCAGCAGAAGACAUACCCCAAACCGCACCCCUACCUCUUCCCCCCGCCAGCGGAGCAGACGAGGCCAAGCUCUCCAAGAUAGCUCGGCUCCUUAAGAAUGCUAAAGCCCCUCUCCUCGUCGUCGGCAAAGGCGCCGCCUACGCGCAAGCAGAAUCCAGCAUCCGCGCGCUCGUCGACCAGACCUCGAUCCCCUUCCUCCCGAGCCCCAUGGGCAAGGGCGUGCUCCCCGACUCCCACCCCGCCAACACUGCCUCCGCGCGCAGCACCGCCCUCCAACACGCGGAUAUCGUGCUCGUCCUCGGCGCCCGCCUGAACUGGAUCUUCCACUUCGGCGACGCGCCCAAAUGGAACCCAGCCGCGCGCUUCAUCCAAGUCGACAUCGAGCCGUCCGAGAUCGGACGCAAUGGCGGAGACGCGGAACUCGGGAUUGUCGGCGACAUCAACGUCGUGGUCCCGCAGCUCCUGUCCCAGCUCUCCGGCUGGACGUACUCGCCUUCGUCCUCGCCCUACCUCAGCGCGCUCGCCGAAGCCAAGCGCAAAAACGAAGACAAGGCCGCGAAAGCUGCUGCAAAGGCCUCCCUCCCCUUGACCUACGCGCACGCCUUCGACGUCAUAAAACGCACGUUACACACUCUUUCCCCUCCGGACGACGGCGGCAUCGUCUACGUCUCGGAAGGUGCAAACACAAUGGACAUCUCGCGCUCCGUCUUCCCCGUGCAGCACCCCCGCCUCCGCCUCGACGCUGGCACCUACGCGACCAUGGGCGUCGGGCUCGGGUACGCCAUCGCCGCGCACGAGGCCUACAACGCCUCCCCCUCCUCCCCGGAGGCAGUCUCUGGCCCCAAGCCCGGGAGGAAGAAGAUAGUCGCCCUGGAAGGCGACUCCGCAUUCGGCUUCUCGGCCAUGGAGGUCGAGACGAUGGCGCGGUACCAGAUGGACGUGCUGAUCUUCGUCAUGAAUAACGGGGGCGUGUAUCACGGGGAUUCGGACACUGCGGAGGAGUGGCUGGAGCGACAGGGUGCGGCGGGCGGAAAGGGGCUCAGGAGCACGAGUCUGGGGUGGGAGGUGCGGUAUGAAAAGAUUGCGGAGGCGUGUGGGGGGCUGGGGUUCUUUGUGAGGACGCCGGAGGAGUUGAAGAGGGCGACGGAGGAGGGGUUCAGGACUAAUAUGCCGGUGGUCGUGAAUGUGGUUAUCGAGAGUGGGAAGAAGGGGAAGUUGGAGUUCGGUUGGCAGGCCAGCGCGAAGAAGGGGAAGAAAGGGAAGAGUGAUGCGAAGCUCUGA